AGGCCGCGCUCGCGCCCCACGCGGAACCCGCGGCUCAGACCUGUCCCCGGCGUCCCGACCCGCGCUGGACCCGAGGCCGGACCGGCCGCUGCGCAGCCGACGCCAGCCCGGGGCCUGCGAGGGACGCGCGCCCCGGGGCCCCCGCCGCAGGCACCAUGGGCGCUGCCCACUCCGCGUCCGAGGAGGUGCGGGAGCUCGUGGGCAAGACCGGCUUCUCCUCAGACCAGAUCGAGCAGCUCCACCGGAGGUUUAAGCAGCUGAGUGGAGACCAGCCCACCAUUCGCAAGGAGAACUUCAACAACGUCCCUGACCUGGAGCUCAACCCAAUCCGAUCCAAAAUCGUCCAUGCCUUCUUUGACAACAGGAACCUGCGCAAGGGGUCCAGCGGCCUGGCUGACGAGAUCAACUUUGAGGAUUUCCUGACCAUCAUGUCCUACUUCCGGCCCAUCGACACCACCAUGGACGAGGAGCAGGUGCAGCUCUGCCGGAAAGAGAAGUUGAGAUUUCUGUUCCACAUGUAUGACUCGGACAGCGAUGGCCGCAUCACCCUGGAAGAAUAUCGAAAUGUGGUGGAGGAGCUGCUCUCCGGAAACCCGCACAUCGAGAAGGAGUCGGCCCGCUCCAUCGCCGACGGGGCCAUGAUGGAGGCAGCCAGCGUGUGUGUGGGGCAGAUGGAGCCUGACCAGGUAUAUGAGGGGAUCACCUUCGAUGACUUCCUGAAGAUCUGGCAGGGGAUAGACAUCGAGACCAAGAUGCACGUGCGCUUCCUUAACAUGGAAACCAUCGCCCUCUGCCACUGA